AGGAAGCUGUGCAGCUUGUUUAUUUGUUCGUGAAACUCUCACGUUAGGAGAAAGGCCAUUUUCUUGGCAGAUUUGUCAAGAAGAAUCACAACUAAGUAGACAGAGUGAACAGAGUUUAUCAAUUGUAUAGUGAAGGAAUUAUAGGAAUUUAUAUUCAUACGGCUCCUGUAGAGGUCUCAAUACUAUUUCUACAAUAUUAUUAAUGUUUUAACGAUGCACGACAAGUAUAAUGAUAAUAUUUGACUGAUUUAUUAAAAAUUUUCAAGGGAUUGCUCAAGAAUAUAGGUUAUCGUAUGACUUUCGCAAUUUGUAUAUCGAUUUUAGCGAGUAGCCCAGAUAAAUUUUAUAUAAUUAUUUGAAACGGUGCACUUGCAGAGUCUUACUUUGUGUCUCUUUGAAAGAUAAUUAAACAUGGUUGGAAAUUGGUCGAAUUUGAAUCGACGCGGCUUUCGAAUGGUCGGUAACCUGUUAAGCAGACAGGCCCAGAGUAUAAAAGGCAUGGAAGCCCAAGGCCAAGCAACAGACCGAUUGAUUGUACACGGAGAAGUUCAUCUCUCGCUCAACUGUUUGCAUACAAAGAACAAGAUGGCGUCAAUCAUUCAUCAAAAUAUUUGGGAUACGGAUCCUGAACUUUUUGAGCUGAUGAAGAAGGAGAAGCACAGACAGGAAUCUGGAUUGGAAAUGAUAGCCAGUGAAAAUUUCACAUCUCUCAGUGUACUUCAGUGUCUGAGCUCUUGUCUUCAUAACAAGUACAGUGAAGGACUGCCUGGUCAGAGAUAUUAUGGUGGUAAUGAGUAUAUCGAUGAGAUCGAAAUACUUGCACAAAAACGUGCCCUGGAGGCAUUUCGUCUAAGUCCCGAAGAAUGGGGAUGUAACGUGCAACCGUAUUCAGGAAGUCCUGCAAAUUUUGCCGUUUAUACUGGACUUUUGGAACCUCAUGGACGUAUUAUGGGAUUAGAUUUACCUGACGGAGGCCAUCUUACUCAUGGUUUUUUCACUGCGAACAAAAAAAUAUCGGCAACCUCAAUCUUUUUUGAAUCAAUGCCAUACAAAGUUAAUCCCAUUACCGGGCUUAUUGAUUAUGAUAAGCUAGCCGAGGAAGCCAGAUUAUUCAAGCCUAAAGUAAUUAUAGCAGGAAUCUCCUGUUACAGUAGAUGUUUGGAUUAUAAACGCUUUAGAGAAAUUGCCGAUGAGAAUAAUGCGUAUCUCUUUAGCGACAUGGCUCACGUUUCCGGUUUAGUUUCUGCUGGAAUUAUUCCAAGUCCCUUUGAGUACAGCGAUGUCGUUUCUACCACGACGCAUAAAACUUUAAGAGGCCCACGUGCUGGCGUCAUCUUCUUCCGCAAGGGAGUCCGCAGUAUUGGAAAAAAUGGAGAGAAGAUACUUUAUGAUAUCGAAAGUAAAAUCAAUCAGGCUGUCUUCCCAGGACUACAGGGUGGUCCACAUAAUCAUGCAAUUGCUGGAAUUGCCACGACAAUGAAGCAAGCAAUGUUGCCUGAAUUUAUUGCCUACCAAAAACAAAUUGUUGCCAAUGCAAAAAGACUCUGCGCCGGACUCCAAAAAUAUGGCUAUAAGAUCAGUACCGAUGGCACCGACGUCCACAUGCUUCUGGUGGAUUUGAGACCGAACGGUAUAACCGGAUCCAAGGCUGAGAAAAUUUUGGAGGAUAUUUCUAUUGCCUGUAACAAAAACACUGUGCCUGGUGAUAAGAGUGCGUUUAAUCCCAGUGGAAUCAGAUUGGGAACACCGGCCCUGACUACCCGGGGACUUAAAGAAGAGGAUAUCGACAAGGUGGUCGAUUUUAUCCAUAAAGGCUUGUUACUUUCCAAGGAAGUAUCUGCUAUUUCUGGACCAAAACUCAUUGACUACAAAAAGGUUUUGGAUACGGAUGCUGGAAUUAAGAAGAAAGUCGCAGAACUUAGACAGCAAGUCCAGGAAUUUUCUGUAAAAUUCUCGAUCCCUGGUCUUGAAAAUCGUUCACAUCACACCCACGAUAUAAUAGUGACUAACCGUCAAUCAAUCGAGCUCCUGAGCUGCAUGGGAUGUUGAGGCUGUGUUUCGCUGUUCUUCGUCUGAAUCUUCAUCCUCUAAGCCAUUGAAGAAGGACUGA